AUGAUAGUGAAGAAGAGUGGAAUUUACUUGAUAUAUUUUGUGACAAUACANUCGAUUAUUAAAGCUAGUCGUGAGAAAAAUGUCGAUAUUCUUUGUUUACAAGAAGUAUGGGGUGGUCCACAAAUUUUACGUCAAAUUUAUCAAUCUGUUAAAGAUAUUUAUCUUUAUUUUGAAGUCGUAAAUGAUGAUAUGCGUGAUUAUAUUCGUCGUGAUACAUUACCUACACAAACAUACAGUCCUGCUUGUUCAGCUUCGGAUAUAACGAAUGUACAAAUUUGUCUUUUUACACAUUGUUCUAAUGUUAGUGAUUCAGUACUAUUUGUAUGUGCCAUAGCUCAAUGUCCAACACAAUUUCUAGCUCUUUAUACGAAUUCAAAAUGUUGGUCGUGUAUUUUUGAUCGAUUUAUAAGUCGUAAAGAUCCAUUAGGCUUGAAUUAUUGUGGUGCUAUUAAUUUACCUAAAUUGAUUAGUACUUCACCGGGUAUUAUUCCUAAUUCUACUGAAGCUCCUUGGGAUCAUUCAAUUGGUCUGAUGAUAUUAGCAAAACAACGAUAUCCAUUAAAGAAACUAGCCAGUAGUUUAUAUUCAGAAUUUUAUAUUGCACCUCGUGGUUAUAUUAUUGUUAGUCAAGAAAAUAAACAGUUAAUUAUUGCCAAUACACAUGUGGCUACAGUUUUAACACCUAUUCCUCAUGCACCUAUAGGAACAUUUUUCAAUAAUACAUAUGGUAGUUGGAAUGAUGAAAAUAAAGGUCAAAUAAUAGAACUUGAAUCUCUUGUUUCGAAUUUUUUACGUUAUAAUAGACGAAAAUAUAAAAAUGCUAUUAUGGCAGGUGAUUUUAAUAUGGGUAUUGCUAAUUUUGAACAUAAUGUAUUAGCAAGUCAACCUGAUAGUUGGAAUUAUAUACAUCAAUUAAAUGAUGCUAAUGAAUUAACAAGAUGGUAUGAUGAUUAUACAGAAAUGCAUAGUCUUUGUACAAGAUGUACAGAUAAUCUUGUUGUUAAAAAUACUGAUCAAUAUAUUAUUGAUCAUAUAUUUACACAUGGACAAAUAUUUAAUCCAUUCAAAUUGUUUACACGACGCAUAUUCGAUGAACUAAUAGAAAUUGAUUCUACAAAUGGAACGAUUGUAACUAAUCUUUCGGAUCAUUAUGGUAUUGAACUCAUCAUUAUUUGCUAA